ACCACCCCCCACACGUAGCACACGUAAUUUUCAGGCCAUGUAUGGACAAUACAAUGUAGACGCAAGCAUAGACGUCAGUCCAUGUGAAUCGCUUUGAUUGAAGAAAAUCAGAAAAUGGUGGUUUAGCGUCCUGCGCACGCGCAUACCUCUCUACUACUGGCACAUUGGAAGUAGACUACGACUGGUAACAUCUCAAUAGUGUGUCGACGGUGUUGUUAAAUGAGAUUUACUGCCUACGACGAACUCAGGCUUUCAAGUCAAUAACCACAUUUGUGAAUAACAAAAGAUGUUUGGCUUCCACAAGCCGAAGAUGUACAGGAGUACAGACGGCUGCUGCAUAUGUCGGGCCAAGUCCUCCAGCUCUCGCUUCACCGACAGCCAGCGCUACGAGGGGGACUUCCAGAGCUGCUUUCGGCUGGGAGAGGUGCGGUGUGGGGAGAUCUGCAAUGCCUGCGUCCUCCUGGUGAAAAGAUGGAAGAAGCUUCCGGCAGGUUCCAAGAAGAACUGGAACCAUGUCGUCGACGCCAAGGGCGGCCCUAGCGUCAAGACCAAUGUGAAAUUCAGGCAAAUGAAGAAGGUGAGGCCAAGCCAGAUCAGCCGAGUGCAGAGCGAGCUGAAGAGACACAACUCGGAUGCUCACAGCACCACCUCCAGUGCCUCGCCGGCCCAGUCUCCCACCUACAGCAACCAAUCGGAUGAGGGCUCAGACAGCGAACUCUCGCCUGACUCCGCCCGCUCUCCUGUCUUCUCCUUCCUGGACCUGACCUACUGGAAAAGACGGAAGGUGUGCUGUGGCAUUAUCUACAAGGGCCGCUACGGGGAGGUCCUGAUAGACCCCCACCUCUACAAGCCCUGCUGCAGAAAAAACAAGAGCGCGAGGAGGAGGAGGAGGAGGAGGAGGAGGAGGACGGGCAGGGUAGAGGAGAUAAGGCAGCGAUUACCCAGCUGCCUGACAGCCCCCCAUCCCCCCCGGUGGAAAAAGAGGGAGAGGGGGGGAGCUGGGGGCAGGGUAGUGGUGAUGACAACAUUGUCACUGGCGAAGAGACAAAAAAUUCACGUGAAAGUCUGCGUUUCUCUGAUACCUGCAUGAGCUCCAAAUAAGGCUGUCUUCAUGGCCUUGUUUUCUAAUCAAGACCUACUGGAACUGUAUUAUUCCAAUAUUUUUGUUAUUUAUUGUUCUCUACCAGAAAUAAGCUAUUUGUUCCAUCUCUGCCUGUUUAACUUAAUGUACCUGACCCUCUUAAUAGCCACUAUCCAAUAUAUCCAAUGCUUGAUGCCACUAAAGCUGCAUGCACAAACUAAGACCUCUAGAACUGUACCUUUUACAUCUAGGAUUGAGCCAUAGCCUAGAGAACAGCCUUCCACUGCCUGACUUGUCCUCUCCCAGGUCCAUACACACACUCGCUACGUCUUUUAUUUUUCUUCAUUGUUUUUGAAUCCUGAGUGCUACCGGAUGGGUGAAACCAAAAAGACCCUGAGCUUUUGUUUAGUAACACAUAAUGACAGCCUCAAGGAGGAGGGUUGGGAGGGGGGGGGAAAGCAUAAUGCAUUUCAAAACCGCUUAUUCUAGUUCUCACUGUCAUGGCAGCUUUAAUGUGCCCAGUGUCACGUCUGCCCUGUGUUUGUGUCUGUGGAGGGAACACACCGUUUCCUGUACAUGUGUUGUGAGAAUAUAGAGUGUUAAUGGGAAAACUAAGGAAUCUUAUCGUAUUAACUUGUUAAAUGUGUAUUCACAAAGCACAUUCACAGCACACAAAGCCCCCCCCCCCCCCCCCUUGUGUCCUUUGCUAGUUGUGUUCUCUUAAAGUCUGGUCUAGGAGCAUCUCCCGUUCUCACACGAACCUUAAGCUAAAAUCAUCAACGGUCUUUAGACCUGCUCUUUCAGGAGCUUCCUAUCUCCAUCCAUGGAUCAUCUUGAUUUGUUAUCACGGCCCCCCUACACUAAACAGGAAUCAGAACUUGUGGUUCUGACCCACCAGUUCUCUGUGGGUCUGUUUCUAUUCUGUUUGCAUGAAAACUGCAUGUUGUCUCUUGGUAUAACACAGUUUAACUUAGAUCAAUCCAUUCAAGUAAGAUACUGUAAAGUUUGAAUAUAUAUGUUUGUAUAUAGGUGAUUAAAGGAAAAGAAAACACUUAAUGAUUAAUUCACAAAAUAUGUUCCUCUGAUUGUACUGUGUCCCACAGCUGUCAUUGCCAAUAAUGGAUAUAGGAGGAGCUGGAGCUGGCUCUGCUUAUUUAUGCUGAUUUCCUCUUCCAAACAGGAAAUGUGUUUACUCUAUCUAACCCUGUAUGUACAGGGGGCCAUAGAACAUCUAUUGUCUACUUUUGCCAUGUUAGAUUAUUCACUGUAGUGACUGUCAUUUAUUUAUAAAUAGGUUACUAAUAGCCACGCUAAAACAUUUUCUGUACUUUUUGUAUUUGUUAUUCUAUUACGAAAGAAACUAUUUGCAUUUCCUACCGCUAGGGUGUGCAAAGCUGCAUGAACACUGACAAAUUAAACCUCAACUACAUUUCUGUACAGUACAUUUCCGUUGUGUUUAUAUACCACACUCUACAGUGUUUAGCACUAUAUGAUGGCAGCUUUUGGAGAAUUUAAGCUUUAGUUUAGCUUUUUUUUACUCUCUCUUGCAUGUCUGAAAUAAGUUAUGGGUACGAACUGAGACUCCCUUUAAAUGUAUAUAUCAUAUACUCACGAGUCUUGUUAAUUGCCAAAUAUUUACUGUUAUUUAUUUUGUCAAUGUACUUUGUCCUUUUUUACACGUCUUUUUUUCUCUACUAAAACUAUGUGUUGAAAUGUAUUCAGGAGAAACUUAUUUAGUUGACGGGCCUCAACCAGCUGAUGAUGUAAACUGCUGCCAGAAACUGUAGUUGUAUUGAUUGUAGCCUAUUAAAGUUUGGAGUUAAAUGCGUAUUUUUUCAGAAGUGUUAUGCAACCAAACUUGAGGCCUCUUAUUUUCUCCGGAGAUGAUGGGUAGAGACUGCGGACGUAGACUGUGCUUGUUUCUCCUUAGUCGUGCUAUUAGCAUGUACGAUAAAAAAAGUACUGAACUGUGUCUGUCUAGAAAGGGGCAGAUUUUAGAGGGACAUUUUGUAUUUUUCUACACUGUAAUUUUUACUUGAUAAAUAAAUGUCAGAUGUGAAGUUUC